AUGGAUGCUAACGACGUCGUAAUCGGAAAAGAUUGGAUGUGGAUGAAUGAGGAAGAAUGUGGCCGACACCUCUCCUUUCUGUGGCAAUUGCUGAGAGCUUGCUCGACGGUUGGGCAUAUUUUCCUCCGCCAAUUCAACGAUGUCUGCUUUGUGUUCUUCGAAGAUUUGUGCCUUAAUCUCAUCCCCACGAUUUCACAGCUCCGGGCUGGGCUUGUGUUUGAGCAUGAGGCGGAGAAGAAAAGAAAUGCCGUGUUUGACUCAUUGUCUAAUAUGCAUUUCCUGUCAAAAGAGGAUAAAAUGAUUGUCACGAUGCGCUUAUGUAAGAAUCAACAGGAGUUGUCAAUGUUUUUCAGCCUAUCCAUGGAAGAUAAAGCUAUCAUGGGGAUGGACAACAUGGAUGUUGACGGUGACGGUCCCUCAUUUCUUCAAGGCUGUUCAGCUUCGUACGCUCCAUACCAUGGUGAAACCUGUGCCACUUCGUCUGCGACCGACUGCACUGCCACCUCAAACGCCUUUACUGCAGGGACGACAAAGCUCACCACCGUGGCUUCUAUACUGUAA